UCCCCGUUGCAUAGAAACGAAAACUGUCGGGAAAAUCGUGCAACAUUUACAAACUUUUAAUGUCUGGAUACCUAACUUACAUGAGUGAAGGGAAUCAAUACAUUUUCCCUUGAGAUAGUCAAAAAGAAUAUACACAAGACAGUCAGCGACAUUUGGAUAAGUACCCUUGAUUAACAAAUGCUAUCAACGCUAAUUCAAUUAGCGACGCUAGCCGACUGCUAACUAGCAGUCGUUGCCUCCUUCAGUUGCUCAUGAUGUACUGUGAAGGUAACAGUUACUCAAAGAAGAAUUUAAAAAGACAAAUGAAACCAGUGGCCGUCUCUGUGCUAUUCUGUUUCAGCUAGCAUCAGUGUUGUUGAUGACGACGAACCAGUGAAAUGAGUGAUAUCAAGCCGAACCACACGAUGUUAACCUCAGCUAACCAAUGGCACGCUAGCUAACACUCAUUCUCGUUGUCAAUAGCCGUCGGAUGCUAGCUCCUGUAGGAGCCUAGAUCCCUUUAUAGGUAUUUAUAAAUUCAGCUAGGCAAGCUUUGGCCCGUACAAUCAACCUAGUCAAAGCGAUAUAAGGUUCAAAAAGAUAGGAAAAUGGCUAGCGACGUUGGCAGCAUCUCUGAACUGGACCAAAAGAAGUACGAUGCAGACGAACAAGUGAAGAUCAUCUGUCUGGGAGACAGCGCAGUUGGUAAAUCUAAGCUGAUGGAGAGGUUUCUCAUGGACGAAUAUCGUCCCCAGCAGUUGUCAACCUAUGCUUUGACUCUCUACAAACACACAGCCAGUGUUGGAAACAAGACAGUAGCGGUUGAUUUCUGGGACACCGCUGGUCAGGAGAGAUUUCAGAGCAUGCAUCCCUCAUACUACCACAAAGCACAUGCAUGCAUCAUGGUUUUUGAUGUUCAAAGGAAGAUCACAUAUAAGAAUCUGGCCAACUGGUAUAAGGAGCUGAGAGAGUACAGACCAGAGAUACCCUGUUGUGUGGUUGCCAACAAAAUCGAUGCUGAUUUGAAGGUGACACAGAGAAGCUUUAACUUUGGGAAGAAGCAAGGACUCCCAUUUUACUUUGUAUCAGCUGCUGAUGGGACUAAUGUAGUUAAGAUGUUCAGAGAGAUGAUCAAGAGAGCAGUGGACUACAAGCAAAACCCCAGCGACUUCAUGGAUGAAGUGAUGCAAGAAUUAGAGAACUUUGACCUGGAGAAGAAGGAAGAUAAUUCAGAAGCAGAUGAGGACGGAUUGAAAGCAGAGAGUCCCGAGUUGCUCUCAUAGAUGUUUACAGAUCCUCCAAACCCUCCUGUCGUCUCAUGGAUAAUUUAUCCUCCUCUGGGGUUGAUGCUGUGAAUAGAUUAUGCUUUUAGUCAAAAUGUCAGAGAUCUCUGAUCCUCUGUGACCGACACCAUCAACAAGUACAUUUUUUGUCCUUAUGUAAUUUUGGUGGUUUACAUUGGUUUGUAACUCCACCACUGGAGGUUGGCACACCGUCUUUUAGUCAGGUUUUAAGUCACUGCCCUCCAUCUGUCCAGUGACAAUUACAGGGAAAUAGACCUGAUGGAAUAAUUAGGAAUUGUGUUGUUUACCAGGUUCAUAUAGGUGCUGUUUUAGCCUUGUCCUUCAUACUUUGUCUAACAAUAUCUACUAUAAUAAUAGUAGAAAAUACUACAAUCAGACUGAAUGUUUGCUAAUUUUCUGUCAUGUAAUAAGAAUGUGAAGCAUUGAAAACAAACUCUCACAGAGCAAAGAGAACAUGUGAUUAUGAACUGUAUUUGCUGCUGUUCUCAAUAUUUGUGUGUAGCGUUGUGUGCAGUGCCAGCUGCAUCUGUUGGCUGCUUUUGUUGCAUUCAUUUUAUGAUGUAAAGUGUGUUUUUCAGCGCCCUUUAAAUGAAAACUUAAUGUACCAUGUAACCAAAUUGUUAUCAUGUCUCUCUUUCUGACUUGCUGUGAUCCAGCAGUAGGCACAAGAGCACUACGUAGUCAACUUCAGCAUAUUAUAAGAUGGAACUGCCAGUCACGUAUGAGUAGACAUCAGCUGUAUUGAACUCUUGUGAUGGUCUCAGCCUUGUGAAAUGCUCAGCCAGCUGUGUCCUUCAUGAUGGAUUUGUGAAUGUUGCCAUGAAGAACUUUAAACCAGUUUUCUGUCGGAAAGUGACACACCAUUCAAUUAUUUCUAUAUGAUGUACACAGAAACACUGUGUAUAUAUUUUCUAUUUAUAUUUGACUGUUUUUGUGGCAUUUACUCACAAUAAAUCACACUGGAACAUAA